CCCGCCGCCCCGGAAGCGGCGCUGCAGGCGCCUUCCGGCGGCGAGCGGCGGCCAUGGCGGCGACGCGGCUGGAGCUGAACCUGAUGCGGCUGCUGAGCCGGUGCGAGGCGCUGGCGGCCGAGCGGCGGGACCCCGACGAGUGGCGGCUGGAGAAGUACGUGGCGGCCCUGGAGGACAUGCUGCGCGAGCUGAAGAAGCAGUCCAGCAAGCCUGCCCCAGAACUGCUGAAUGAAUACUCUCGCAAAGUGGACUUCCUAAAGGGACUUUUAGAAGCUGAAAAAUUGUCAUCAUCCACCGAAAAGGCCCUGGCUAACCAGUUCUUGGCUCCUGGGCGUACCCCUACAACAAUCAAAGAGAGAACUCCAGCCACCAAAACAGUUCAUCUGCAGACAAAGGCUCGUUGCACAGGGAAGAUGAGGAGUGAGCUGCUUGGUACAGAUCCCUUAGCUAUUAAUGAUUCUGAGGAGUUGAAUGUAAGGAAGCGGAAAGGCCUUGCAUCUGAUGAGAAGCAGUCUGCAGUUGAGCUAGAUGCUGUGUUGCAACGCCAUCAGGAUAUGCAGGAGAAACUAGCUGAAGAAAUGCUAAGUUUGGCUCGCAGUCUGAAAAACAACACUCUGGCUGCACAGAACGUGAUAAAACAGGAUAACCAGACUUUAUCACAUUCCCUCAGAAUGGCAGACCAGAACUUUGAGAAGCUUAAGGAUGAAUCUGACCGCCUUGAACAACAUGCAAAGAAAUCAGUCAACUGGCUACUUUGGAUAAUGUUAAUUGUAGUUUGUUUUAUAUUCAUCAGUAUGAUCCUGUUCAUCAGAAUUUUCCCCAAACUAAGAUGAUUUUCUACAACUGCCAGAAGUGACAGUUGGAAAGUUCGCCUGGUAUGAUACAUGCUACGUUGCAAUGAAGUUGAUUAUUGACAGUCUGCCACCUAUCAUGUCCCAAAAGAGUUCAUCCAAGGACUACCCUUGCAUCUCUUUCUUGUGCCAUCACUGGAUUCAGUGAAUGAUUUCACAGGGAAGAUAUGCUGUGCUUGGAUAUUUGGUUAUUUCUUUUACUUAGUUAAUAUUGUUGCCUAUUUCUUGAGCAAAGAACUGAGAUAAAGAUGACAGGUUACAGUGAGCUCCUAAAACAAAGUCCCUUAGAUAGGUGCUGUUCUCUGUGUUGUUGAUGGAGUUGUGUCAAACGCUGUGACACCUCUAAAAGGAGUUUACCCAGUACAAAUUCUAGUAAGUCAGUUGAAGUCAUUCGAUUUUUUUUUCCUGUGUUUGCAGUUCUCCUGUACUGAACCAGGGCCAUGCUGCAAAUACGAUACUUAAUUACAAAGGUGGUGUGUGUAUACCACUGUAGGGUGUGGGAAGAGAACAUUGCCAUUGAGUUGCUGACCUGGCUGAGAUUCAGAGAAUGGUGACAGGUACAACUAAUCUCAGGCUUGCCUUCUUCCCAGGUGGAUGUUUGUCGUUGCAGUUGUCUUUGGUUUAGUUACUACGGAAGGGCAGAAGCCACAUGAAGUUUUCGCUUCCCUUUUUGUAUGCACAAAUGUUCUCAGUGAGUCACUGUCUGUUAUAUUAAUGCUCUUAUAUCAAGGAUAGGCUCUGACCCUUGCACUGUGGAGCUGUACACAGAGCACUCUCCAUAUGGUACAGAUCCUGCCUAUGUGAAUAUUAUUUCACUGUAAAACAAGGGCGGAGGAAGCUGGUGUCUUCAAGAUACGAAUAAAUAUUUAGCUAUUACUUUUUGAGACAAACUGUUCUGGUCAAGACUAGUUGUGUCAAAAUUGUAUUUCUAAGAGAUCACUGCCAUAAAGUGAGAUUAAAUAAAUCAGAAUGAAUACUUUUUAAAAAACAGUUAACCACUGGAAAAACAAGGGCUCUAAGUAAAGCAAGAUUUAUCAUGACUGUGAGAGCCGUUUUCAAGUGUUUGUGAUAAGCUAGAAGCAAAACAUUAUGCCUUGUGGGCUAUAAUUUCUGGGAGUGUUAUUCAAGUGUUGGUACUUAAAUACGUACGGUGUUUAACAUACUGAGAUGGGAAGAGCAAAAGAUGAUUCCAAAGUAUUUGGCAUUUCUAUUGCUGCUUUGAACCACUAGAUGGAGUAUUUUAGACCUUUUAAAGCGGCUUUGAAUUAAAGAGGAGGAAAAGUGCUGUUUGUCACAACAA